AUGCAGCAGGCAGAAAAGGCGACAUUGGCCAGAAAGAGCACUGUUGCAACUAGGCUGGAGGCAGCUCCAUUUGGCAGAGCUCUAAAACCUCAGCAGGGCCUUUCAUCCAGUCCAGUAAUGAUGAUGAUGAUGAUGAUGAUAAUAAUAAUAAUGAUGCGGGUGGCGCUGUGGGUUAAACCACAGAGCCUAGGACUUGCCGAUCAGAAGGUCGGCAGUUUGAAUCCCCGCAACAGGGUGAGCUCCCUUUUCUCGGUCUCUGCUCCUGCCAACCUAGCAGUUCGAAAGCACGUCAAAGUGCAAGUAGAUAAAUAG